UCGGCAGAAGCGCGCGCGUGUGCCGUAGCCGCAACUUUCGACGCUCGCGAACUUGGCGCGUAAACUUUUUUUUAAUCACAGAUUAAAAAAACUUACGAAAAAAUUUAUAGACAAUAGAAACAAAAAAUAUUACGCAAUAUUUCGAAACAGCUGAGUGAAUUUUGUGACAUUAUUUUGUGAUUGUGCCGAAAAUUUAAAUUUCAAGCCGCAGGCACCGAUAAUGUUCAUCAAUCGAUAGACAUUCCAUCACGCGCCACCUCCGAGCUGACUGCUAAUGCUGUGAACCAAAAUGGAAAUGCUGUCAACAUUCGCUCCCGAAUACAACACGAGCGCCGUAGAUUACGCGUUCGAUGCCACUUUUGCAAACGCCACUUUUAAUAAUGCCACGUUUGAUAAUGCCACGUUGGAAACCACCUCGAGCAUUCGAUCCCACAAACAUGUGUUUAUGUACGUGGUCAAAGUGGCAUACGUUAUUGGCAUAGUUGGCAACGCAGCGGCGAUAGUGGCGCUGAGAAUCGGCGAGAAACGAGUCCGAAAUAGGAAACAUUUGUUGCUGCUCACUUCGCUGGCUGUAAACGACCUGGUUGCGCUGGUGGGCAUGCUAAGCGCACUCUUAGUAGCCGAGCAGUUCCCAUCUCUGAGCAAGACGCAAUACUACUGCGCCGCGCGGGUCGGCCUGCGCGUGUUCGGCAUCGGCAGCGUGUGCAUCGCCGUCACUAUGGCGCUCGAGCGGUACCUGGCGCUCACCAGACCCUUCCUGUAUCAGAAGCAAGUGACCUACUUCGUGAUCCGCAUGACGCUGCUAGUGUCGUGGCUGUGGGCAGCCCUGCUGACGUGCGCGCCCGUGCUCGGCCUGGGCCUGUACUACGACCCCGCGAAGCGAUGCUGCGUGCGCUACCGGAACGCCACGCACGGCAUGGACUUCGCGUAUGCUGUGUUUUAUGUUAUGUUCGGCACACUGCUAUGCGCAAUACUGGUGUACUGCAACCUAGCGGUGAUCCGCGCGCUGUACGCGAUCUCGGGCCCGCGCGGCGGCGGGCCGGUGGUGCGGCGCGUGUCCAAGUCGAGCUGCCGCGCGCGGCGGGGCACCGGCACGGGCACGGGCACCGGCACCGGCACCGCGCCUGCGCACAACGCCGCCACCGCGGAGGAGGUCGCCUUCAGCCGCCUCAUGGCCACGCUCUCCGUGCUCUUCAUGAUCUGCUGGCUGCCGCAGAUGGUGACGUCAGCGCUGUACCUGGCGCUGGGCCCGGCGUCGUGGCGGCGGCUGGACAGCCUGGGCGCGCUGUCCGACAUGCUGAUGCUGCUCAACUACGUGCUGGACCCGAUCUUGUACGUGCUCAUGCGCCAGCGCCAUCACUGCUCGCUCACAAAGCUCUGCCAUAACAUCGCGCAUUGUUUUAAGCGGAACCACAAGACGUCCACGGACUCAAUGAAGACGUCCUGCUGCCCGCAGGAGACGCUCGUGAUCAGCGACAGUUCGGGCGCAGAGCUCCGCCCGCUGCGCGCCCCCCCCUGUGCCCAUCCGUGUGCCCCCCCCUGCGCCCCCCCCUGUGCCACUAUCUUCAACGUCGACGACUGACAUACAACCACCUACCCGCAUUUACCAAGAUUCACAUAUUCCGAUAAAACUUUCGAUAGAAAAAAGAAUUUCGUCCGCCGUCGCAGUGGGAACCCGA